UCUCCCCUCGGGGAUAAAUGACCGGCGGGGAUGGCGGCCUGUUGACAUCGAUUUCUGACGUGCUCCUCGUUUCAUCCCCGAAUCCACCGCAAGACUCAUCUACAUUGACUCAAAACACUUUCACACCGCUCGUAUCGCUUUUCCUUUCUUUCACAUCUGCAUUGAGUAGGUCUCUUCAAGAUUGAGCAUGUCAGGGAAUCAGAAGCAGCCAUUACAUAUCAUUGUCAACCCCGCCGCGGGGCAGGGAAAAGGUCCAGCUUUCCUGGAUGAACAUAUCAUCCCCAUCCUCAACCACUUUCGACAGUCUUACAAAGUGUACCCCACAACUGCGCCGCUUCAUGCUGGAGAGAUAGGGCGGUCGAUCUUGGAUUCGCGCCGUGAGCUUGGAAAAGGCGGUGAGCCUGUAGUAGGUGGAGAGAGGGACGAGCCGAAUGUAGUGAUCAUAAUAGGCGGUGAUGGGACGGCGCACGAGUUGAUUGAAGGUGUCACUGUUGAUCAACAAGCAGAGAAUGAAGAUCAAGGAUGGGGACGUUGGGAGCUUAUUGUGUUACCUUUCGGGACCGCAAACGCGCUUUAUUACUCCCUCUUUCCCCCUAGCGACCCUUUGCCGGAUACAUCUAUCCUGUCUUCCCUCCCUUACCGACCUUCACCGGAGGUGACCGCUCAAAUUUUGCCUCUGGUUUCAUUUUUGAAAAGGUCGACGUCUCCGCUUCCUUUACCAAUUACACUCACCACUCUUUUACCGCCCCCAUCCCCGCCCCACGACGUGGCCCCUAAAACAAGCCGAAACAUCAAACCGAUCCCGACCCAUGUAGUCCUUUCAACUUCCCUCCAUGCUGCGAUCCUCGAAUCUUCUGAGAAACUUCGGGAGACGCAUCCGGGAAACGAGCGGUUUCGGAUCGCGGCGCAGGAGAGUAUGGGCAUUUUCUUUGACGCGAGCGCCUGGCUUUUUGGUUCAGGCUCUAAAGUCGGAGGAGAAGAAAGGGUGAAGGUGGAUGUGGAGCAGUGGGAUCCAAGGGUGGGAAGCUGGGUGAAGCCGUUUACGGAGCACCGCGCACUUGUUGAUGAGGGUGGAAAAAAUGGAAAGGGCAUAGAAUUGCAAGGUCCAUUUGCGUAUUUUACGUCUACCGCUACAGUCAGUCGGUUUGAGCCCGCUUUCGUCAUUUCUCCACUUACUUCCCUCCGCCCCCCUCCCUCCCAGCAAAUCCAACAAGACAAAAACGCAGAUGGUGAGGGAUCAAGAGAUAAUAAGAAUGAGUACAUUUACAUCACUGUCCUCCGGCCUUUACGCGAUCCAUGCGUCCUCUCCACUUUCCCUGCCUCGUCUGGCAGUGAUCAAUCCGAACGACCAGACCGAGGGGAUCGAAGCGAAAGAUGGGCAAAAAGGGCACACGAAGUGUUGGGAAAAGCGUACCAUAACGGGGCGCAUAUCGAUUUGACGUAUCCACUCAACAAGGGGGAGAACAAGGGCAAUGUAUCAGGAGAAGGAGAUGGAGAGGAGGGUUGCGAAGCAGAGGUAAAAGGCCAAGGAGAACCAGUAGUCGAGUUAUACCGCUGUGCAGCCUUUUCAUGGAAGCCUACCGCCAUUACCCAAACCGACAGAACCAAAGAAAAAGGGAGUGAGAGGGCGAGACUAGUUUGUGCGGAUGGGGCGAUACAUCGGAUCCCCGAGGGAGGCAAAGCGGAGGUGGGAUUAAUGGUACCGAGUGAAAAAGGGGGGUUUUAUGUUUGGGCAUAAUACUAACAGGAUGCAGGGGAGGCAGGGGGGUUUGUAUACAGAAAGCGCCGGUAAGCAGGAGAGGAAGACUGGUUUAUUGUACAUAAAGAAAUAGAGGAUAUAGAAUAAAUAAGAGGAAUUAAUUUGUAGGUAUGAAGGGUACGUUUACAUGAAGUUAGGGUUAGAAUAGAUUCUUUUUCAGCGAGUAACUAGUCCCAAUUUAUCUAUUCUCUUCCGGAUGUCAUUUACACACCAAUGCAAAGCACUGCGAACAAUGCGC